AUGCUUCUCCGGUCCACGGCACCGCACGCCUCGAAGAUUGCGCCCCGUCGCCCCGAUCGGUCAGCCACGUUUCGCAAAUCCUUCAACCCUCGGGUUUCGAGGACACGCGCCGAAGCGUCCGCCGACGGAUCCCUGGAGCGCCGUGAACUUCUCGCUGGCGCGGCGACGUCACUCGUCUCGAUCGCGGCUUUCCCCCGCGUCGCACGCGCGGAUGAACCCGCCACGACGCUGACUCAGGUGUACAACGAUGAAGAGGACAAGUAUUCGCUCGCGGUGCCGAGCGACUGGGAGAGGGCGCUGGGAGAUACGUCCCCAAACCCGCAGUCCACGCGCAAGGUGAUCGCGUUCUACCCACCAGGACAGCCCGAGAUCAACGUAAACGUGGUCGCCACCGCCCUAGGCGCGGACUACCCGAAGAUGGGAAGCUUUGGAUCUCCCGACGAGUUUGCGUACGGAGUCGCCGCCGGAAUGACGAGGCCCAAACCCAGGCAGGGUCCCAAACAGUUCUCAUACGUGGUGGACGCUAAGAACGCCGGAGAUAGGUACGUCAUCGAAUACACGGUCGAGAGGCCGGAAGAGAACUUCUAUCAGCACCUGCUCAGCGCCGUGGGUAUCGGGUACAAUGGUCGCGUGAACCGGCUGUUCACGCUCACCGCGGUGUGUCCAGAGGACAGGUACGCGGAGAUGGAGCCGAUGUUUAGGAAGAUUUUCGCCACAUUCGAGACCCCGUCCACGCUCUAUCCGUGA